AUGAGCUCUAUAUUCCACAACUUUCAGAGCAAGCAAGCACUCCCAGUGUCACAACCAGACUCAAAAUUAGAUCAACAGAUCCUGCGUAGGAGACUCUCCUCUCUCUCCCUCAAGAUCCAACCCGCCAUCUCUUCUUCUGCAACUUCAUGGGCUAACUUUCGCAGAUCCAAAUCUGUGUCAUCGAUGAGUGACUAUGCAGGGGGUUCCGUGAGGAAAUGGUGGGACUGGGGAUGGGCCUGGAUCCUAUCGCGAAAGCCCACGUUCGCCACAGAUCUGGAGAUGAACGAAGAAGAAACAGUGGUCCUGGGAGGUCACAAUAAGGGUAGCUGGAGACAUGUCUUGUAUAAGGUGAGGUCAGAGCUCAGAAGGGCCUUCAUGAGUUCUGACAAAGUGGGGCUUCCUCAAAGUCAAACCUUCAGGUACGACUCCUCCUCCUCCAAUUACUCUAAGAAUUUCGAGGAUGGAAAUUCAACUCUAGCUUGA